CGACAGAAUUGGCUGAACCUCUGAGAUAAACUGAUAAAACUUAUCUUCUCAACUCAACAGUUCAAAAAUAAAUUCUUCCAAAUGAUCCAAGAUUUUCUUUGCUUCCAAAAUUCAAUCUUUAUACACACAAACACACACAGCUAACAAAUUACAGGUAGAGAAAGAGAAUGCUAAUCCAGUGUACCUUUUCACCUCCUUCGCAACAUUCUUACAGCACCACUAUUUUUAUCCCAAAUCUAAAACCGAGAAACAGGUUUCAUCCAAUUUCUGGUGAAUUUUCAGUUUUUCAUAGUAAUGGGACAGCUCUAUGUUACUUUUCAAGAAAACCCACAAAGCGCAAAUUCAGGCCGCUUAAACUCUCUCUGCAGACAUUCGAAAAGGAAAUGGAAAUGUCAUCUUCCUUGACCUCGGACAAAAAGGAAAUGGAAAUGUCAUCUUCCUUGACCUCGGACAAACUUGAAGAAUUCUCAAGGAAGCUUUCAGUUGAUGAAGAUAGAACAAGGGUUAAAAGGCCUUUUACUUUUGUAUCUUCUUUCUCAUGUUGUUCAUGGUUGAUACCGGCACAAAUGGUACAAGCAAGUGAAGAUGUAAGAACAAACGUUGUCUACGAGGUAGGGGAGUUAUUUGAAUUGGGAAUCCAGCUUUCAUACCUGCUUUUACUACUUGCGUUGCUUGGGGUCGGAACAUUCUUUGUAAUCCGUCAAGUCCUUAUGCGCAGAGAGCUCGAUCUUUCUGCGAAAGAAUUACAAGUAAGUACUUGCAUAUUUUUACUUGAUCUUUGUAAAUGACAUGGUUUGCUUCCUCCCCAACCUAAAACUCCAAACAAGAGAAGGAGCGAGCAUAAGGAUGGGUAGUUGGUAGGAAAACAGUUAGCUUUUGAUUAUUAGCCAAAAGCAUAGGUUUAUUAAUUAGAAACAAAAUUUUACAGAUAUAGUGGGG